UUCACAAAGUUAUACCAAAGGUGGAAAACACUACGUUUAGAAAAACAUUCAGCGAAGCUAGGUCUCAUUGGACAAAUAAUUUUGUAUGCUGUACCAGGUCUAACUUUUUUCAUAUUUCUACCGGCCACCAUCAUCAGCUUCUUUGAAGGUUGGGAAUUUGAUGUAGCAGUUUACUAUGCGUUUGUAACAUUGACAACUAUAGGAUUUGGAGAUUAUGUUGCAGGUCCUAUCAAUUAUCAUGGAUUUCAUCCAACAGUUUUUCUCGGCUACCAUAUAUUCCUCCUUAUAUGGGUCAUCGGAGGUUUGGGCUACGUCCUUAUGAUUAUUGGAUUUAUCACACAGGGCAUGCGUAGUCGAAAAAUAGCACAAAUAGAAAAAAUACUUGCUGACACAGUUAAAAGAACGCCACUAAAAAUUAGAAACGAAUUCAGAAGUAUUUUACACGAAUUUUUAUUCUUGAGAGUAAAACCGAUAUACAAAGGCGAAUUUGAAUAUACUCCACACUCUUUGGAGCGAAGCCAAUCGUGUCCAGAUUUUACAAUAUGGAGGAACAAAAACUCUCCUUCAAUGGCUCGAAAACGUGCCAUGUCAGAAUGUUACAAAUACAGCGUAAUGGAACGCAGACAAUCAGAAUCUGAAUUAGACAAAAUAGACAAAGAACGAACCUUUAGACCUUCCGAUGCAUUAAUGCGUCAAAAAGAUCUUCUGCUUAAAGUUGUAGAUGCUCUUAGCUUAGCAUCCGGAAUAUCAUUGGAUAAUGGUGGAGUACAGGGAUUCUCUGAUGACCACAUAUUAGAUUCUGAACGUUACGAAUCCCUUGUAGUGAUACCUCAAAGACGUAGAGCUCUUAGUGAUGUUAAUCCUCCUGAUCAAUACCAAAAUGAACAAUCAUUAAAUACAUGGUACGGAAAUGAUGCGUCAAAGGCUCUUAAAGCAUUCAGACAGAAAAGAAAUAGGGCAAUGUCAGUUUUACCUAGUACAGAAAAAGUAGAAAAAUUAUCUGUUCUCCAAAGAUUUCAACGCACAGUAACCAACAAAUUAAGAAAGGGAGAUCGAGAUGCAGAUAUUGAAAAACAGGCUUUAGAUCGGCCUAGUACGCCUAAUCAGCGUAAUUUAAGUAUAUAUAAUAACUCAUUUGAACCCAGUCAGAGUACCAAUCCAAGUGUACUGGAACAGACUUCAAUUGCAGACUUUAUUAGAGCUUUAAGUGCUAUAACUUUAGAGGACGAUUGUGAGACUAAGCCACGUAGAAAAAUAGGAAUGGGUUCUUUGACUCCACCUAAAUAUUACUCAAGAAAGGCGUCCAUUAUACCUAAUUUAGCGAGUAGAAGAAGUUCUUUGUUGCCUACUACCAGUGUCAUAAAAAAAUCUAGAAGAUUCUCAAUGACGCCUGUAGUCGAAAAUCUUUUAAGUGCGCCUCCCCCACCAUAUUCGCCUUGCAGAUCCGCUAGGAACUCGUUUGUUGUAUCGGAUAGUGAAAGAUUUUCUGUACAGCCGGUAAUAACUGCGGGAGGUGGAGGUGAUGUUAAAUCACAACUUAUCAAAAAAAAGAAGUUCGAAAAUGAUUUAGACAGUAAGGACUGA